AUGCUGAGUUACUGUUCUGUUGGGGGUGUUCAUGCUUACCCAUUUUUGGUCUUUGUUUUGCAGCUGUGGCUGACAUUUGCUCCUGUGGCUGAUAAGACAGCUGCUUACUUCCACAUUUCCCUGGAGACAGUCAACUGGCUUUCAAUGGUGUACCUCCUCAUCUCGAUCCCAUUUGGCCUGGUGGCUACAUGGGUCCUCGACAGCGUGGGGCUCCGCUGUGCUGUGGUGCUGAGUGCAUGGCUAAACAUGGUUGGUAGCAUCACCAGGAUGUUCAGCGUUCUGAAGUUCCUGAGCUUGGGUUCCCAGAGUUACUGGUACCUGUUCAUUGGACAAUGCUUCUGUGCAUUAGCACAGCCUCUUAUCAUCUUUUCACCAACAAAGUUGGCAGCGCUAUGGUUUCCAGACCACCAGAGAGCUACAGCAAAUAUGAUUGCAUCAAUGUCCAAUCCCUUGGGCAUUCUUAUAGCAAACUUGUUGUCGCCUGCACUAGUUCCUGAAGGAAAGCACAUUCCAUUGAUGCUGGGUAUUUAUGCUGUCCCAGCAGUAACAGCCUGUGCUCUAGCAACUCUGGGGAUUCACGAGAAGGUCCCGCCAACGCCUCCGUCAGCCAGUGCCACUAACUCCAACUCACAGCCAUUCUUCACAGGGCUCAAAAUGCUCCUGAGAAACAAGCCAUACAUAAUCCUGGCAGUGUGUUUUGGAGGAGGAAUUGGGAUGUUCACCUGUUUUUCAGCUCUGCUAGAACAGAUCCUUUGUGAAAAGGGGUAUUCAAAUGAUUUUGCUGGCCUGAAUGGUGCACUGUUCACAGUCUGUGGUUUGUUGGGUGCUUUCCUGCUAGGCAUGUAUGUUGACCGGACAAGGAAGUUCAUAGAGUCCACCAAGAUUAGUUUCUGUCUGAGUGCACUUGCCAGCAUCAUGUUUGCAGUGAUUUCUCGGUUCAGACAUCAGGCCAUCAUGUUGGCCAUCACGAGUUCUCUCUUCGGUUUCUUUGGUUUUGCCAUCUACCCCAUUGCCAUGGAGCUGGCUGUGGAGUGCUCCUACCCUGUAGGAGAGGGCACGUCUACAGGCCUGAUUUUUGUUGCAAGCCAGAUUGAGGGUGUGAUUUUAAUGAUUCUUCUACAAGCUCUCACCGUCCGUGUUUCUGAGGAUCCAUUCUCCACCUGUGCCCUUGACCAGGAUGGAGCCCUAGACUGGACAACUCCAGUACUGGUGCUGGCUGGCCUCUGCAGUGGGAUGGCUUGCUUCUACGUCAUCUUCUUCCACACUGACUACAAGCGGCUCCAUGCUGAGAUAAUCAGUGCUGAUUUGGCCAAGGCAGAAGAUGCAGCAACAGCACAUGUUCCUGAAUCCUAAAAAGGGCAAAAAGGGGAUGCCAAGAAUCAAGGACUCAGAGGACCAAUCCUGAGCUGGUACACUGAGAUAUCCGUGUCACAUUGCACAAAAAGCAAGGACUAGAGCAAAUAGCACCUUUGCUGUGCAUCUCUCAGUCUUCUGUUUUUUUGGGGAUCUGGGCUGUUAAGAAUGGCUGUCCUGCCAGAAAGGUCAAAGGUGGCAAUGGACAAUUAUGCACUAGAAUUUUUUAUGCACUAUGAACUAGAGUUUUUGGCUGACUUGAUUCAAGCUAAAGAAAUGUCACAGUGGAGGGUAGCACUGUAUUUCAGCCAUUUUUAAAUUUUAAUGUACAUGGAUCAAGGGUGAAGGUUUCAGAGAGAUGUAAGAUGUGCCUACCACAAACCCAGUGGAAAACUUCUAUUUAGGGACUGUGGUACAGCAUAACCACUCAUGUUGGAGCUAAUUGUGCCUUUUAGCUAAAGGGCAGUAGAACCUAGAGCAUCCUUUCAUUCCAGUGGGGAUAUGUAUGUAUGUAUGUGAUCUGUAAAUACAAGUCUGUUACAGUGAGUCACUUUGUCUUCUACAAGAAAAGAAAAGCCUUGCCUGAAGUGCUAUCUAUAAAAGAAAAUAUCAGUAAGCAGCAAAAGUUAAAUACAGCAGCAUUUUUCACCCCUCUGAUUCCUUGCUAAAUGCUGAGACAUUAAGGAUUAGCUUGUUUUACUUGGGAUUCUGUUUCUUCACCUCUCUUGCAAUUUCAGUGGUUUAAGUUUUCCACAGAAAGAUGAACCUGCUGAUUUAGUCUUAGACCAAUGUGAUGCUCUCUUAUAGACCCUCACUCUUUGGGCAAUGACACAGUAGUGUCAUUGGUGGGAACUGGCAGAAGAACUGACAAAGGCGACACUUUAGUGUAAGGACUUGUCAUAAGUUUCUGCAAGUGCCAGGGGCUUUGGGGAGGAGACCAAGUAAGAAACAAUGUCAACAAACACCUUCCACGAUCCAUCUCUGCAACUGACAUCUGUUCUUUAGUGUUAGAUGAGAAGGAAAGUGACACAAAAGAUCCCAUUUGGAGUUCAGUUACACUGACAAUUACAAUGGAUACGACUGGAUUUUUCAUUUUACAGUACUUCCACAGCAGUGUAAUGUCUUGCUCUGGAGUUCAGGUCUAGGUGUACUACAUGAGAAAUUCUUACUUUAUAACACUUAUGUGGUAAAAACAUUUAGAUGGUUGGGAUUUUGUGAUGCUUCCUGGUAUAUGUAUUUCAAGGGAAUCUGAGUGUUUGAACCUGUGACUAGCUUUAUCCGGUCCAGCUAGAAGAUGAUCCCAAUGCCAAGAGCACACUGUCCCUGAGGAACACUGUACAAAGGAGCUCUCUCAGUGCCUGAAUUCUCUUCCCCAUUAGCAACUGGAAGGCUCUCCCUUUGUAAAACACCUGUUUGCAUCCUUCUAAGGAGCCCGCACAUUCCCACAGCUCCAGCCUUGCUAUCACUCGUAAACACUGAUGUUUGUCAAAAGGAGCAGGAAAGAAGUCUGAAACCAAAGUGGAACAAGAUUGUUUAAACCUGUCAGAGGAAUGAGAUUAGCAUCUUUUGCAAAACUAGCCAGUUCUGCAGCCCUGGAACUAACACACCAAACAGAUUAAUGCCAAAUUUACCUGCCAUUUCUGAAUUCCACUGUAGUGGGAAGCAACAAGCACUUGAUACUUUAUAAUUUUAUAGAAUUACAGAUGUUUAUGUUUCUUAAUA